CUGGGCUUAAUCCCACCUCAUUCGUCUAAAGUCUUAUUGGUAAGUCAUUUUUUCCCCUAAUUCUACGACGGUUUCAAUUCAACUCCACUUCUCAAUACUAUCAUCGAUUUUUAAUGGCUCUGUUCAUUGCCAUUUCGUAACUUCUCUUUUUCUCAAUUUCUAUUCUUCAAUUUUCCUUCUCUCGUAUCGAACUCAGAUCUAAUGCUGUAAAUAACUCCUUAUGUCAAAAUCAACAAUUGGAAGGAUAUGCAUCAUCUGAAAGCCAUGCAUCUGUGGGUCGGGUUUUGAAUUUGAUAUAUUGCUGGCAUAAUGGAAAAGGAAGAUUCUAGUGAGACAAAUGUGACGGUUUCUUCUAGUGAAAAAAAGGAGGGAGAUACACCUGUUGUUCAGCAAAAAGGCCUGGAAAAGGAUGAUUCCAAUAAGAAAAAUUCACUGACGAUUCCAACAGCUGAUCAAAAGGAGGGUGAAACUCCUAAAGCUCAGAAUAAAGCCCUCGAGAAGGAAGAUUCUACUAAAAAAAACUCAGCAAGAACUCCAAUUGAUGAAACGGAGGGAGAUACACCUGAUGUUCAGCAAAGAGGUCUGGAAAAGGAUGAUUCCAAUAAGAAAAAUUCAGUGAAGAUUCCGGCAGCUGAUAAAAAGGAGGGUGAAACUCCUAAUGUUCAGAAUAAAGCCCUCGAAAAGGAAGAUUCUACUAAAAAAUAUUCAGUAAGAACUCCAAUUGAUGAAACGGAGGGAGAUACACCUGAUGUUCAGCUAAGAGGCCUGGAAAAGGAUGAUUCCGAUAAGAAAAAUUCAGUGAAGACUCCAACAGCUGAUAAAAAGGAGGGUGAAACUCUUAACAUUCAGAACAAAGCGCUCGAAAAGGAAGAUUCUACUAAAAAAGAUUCAGUCAGAGCUGCAAUUGAUGAAAUGGAGGGAAAUUUUCCUGAUGUUCAGAAAGAAGACCAGGAAAGGGGAAACUCUGCUGGGAAAUACAUGGUAAAUUCUCCAGCAGCUGAAAGUGAGCAGGGGGAUAGACCUGCUUUUCAGAAAGAUGACCCGGAAAAGGAAGACUCUUCUUUGAAAAUUGUUUCAAUAUCUCCAACUUCUGAAAAGAUGGUGGGAGAUAAACUUGAUGCUGAGAAAGAGGACCUAGUAAAAUCACCUAGAGUUAUGAAAUCAUUGGAUACAAAUGCAAAAGGUCCUAGUAUAGUCAAUGAAAAAAAACUAGGUGAUUUGAAUGACAGGAUGGAUGAGAGUAGGGAAUUGGGGUCCCAAAAUGAAGAAGGAAUAAACAAAAAACUUGAGGAAGUUAGUGGGGAGGAGGUGGAGCCUGUCUUUGACGGGACAGAGGUUCCUGGAAUGGAAGCUAACAGGAGCCAAUCUACUCGUUCUUUGGAUCUUGAUCCGGAGAGUCAAAAUAAUGCUUGGCCUGAGAAAGCAGUGGCUCUGAAAAACUUUGUCAGGGAGAAGAGUGUAGUUGCAGUUUCCAGUGUAAUGCGUCGCCUCUCAGGAAAGAGUGAUGAUGGACAGAAUGUUCCUGAUGCUGAAGAUAAGAAUGAUAACAGCCAUUGUAAUAUUAAGGAGCCUGCGGAUUCUGCUGAAAGAACUGAAGCCCAAGAAGUCUCUCACAAACCACUAGAGAGAUCUGGAUGGAAUCCCCUUAGCUUUAUUAAGAUUUCACGUGAUGUUGAUGCAGAAAAGGAAGCUGUACAGCAGGAGGAGGUAGUUAAAGAAUCUUUACAACCAUCAGACAUUAAAGGAAGAGUUAUACUAUAUACAAGGUUAGGAUGCCAGGAUUGCAAAGGGGCUAGGCUAUUUCUGCACUGGAAAAGGCUCAGAUACGUUGAGAUUAAUAUUGAUAUAUACCCCAGCAGAAAGCUGGAACUAGAGAAAAUUGCCGGGUCUUCUGCUGUUCCUAGAGUGUUUUUUAAUGAAGUUCUUAUUGGAGGAUUGGGUGAGCUAAAGGGUUUGGAUGAGUCUGGCAAACUUGAUGAGAAGAUCGAGUAUGUUGUUACAGAAAGGGCAUCAUCUGAAGCUCCUUUACCACCACUUUCUGGUGAGGAUGAUGAAUCCAGCUCUGGGGCGGUUGAUGAGCUAGCUCUUAUUGUUCGAAAAAUGAGAGAAUCCAUUGUCGUUAAAGACCGGUUUUAUAAAAUGCGAAGGUUUACUAACUCCUUUCUAGGUUCAGAAGCUGUGGAUUUCUUAUCAGAGGAUCAGUACUUGGAAAGAGAAGAGGUUAGUUGCUUGUGGAUUUUCAUGUUUUGGGAAGCUGAUGUUACUUUUCAUAGGUGGUUAUUCACAGUCUGCAUAAUCCUAAGUGUGCCAUACAUGCAGGUUUCCAGGACUAAGCAUCACUUGUUGUAUUAUGAUCAUAAGAUAAGGCAAACCAAAGUCAGAGGACUCUAUUGUGUUUUUGGAAGAAAUAUGCCAAUUAGUUUGGCUAUUGAAUUUGCUCGAAAGCUUGCUAGAAAACUCUUCUUCCACCAUGUUCUUGAUGAGAAUGUAUUUGAAGAUGGCAACCAUUUGUACCGGUUCUUGGAUCACGAUCCUAUUAUAAUGUCACAAUGUCAGAACAUUGCAAGGGGUAUAAUUGAUGUGAAGCCAAAGUCUAUAAUAGAAAUCUCAUCACGGCUUAGAAAAUUAUGUUAUGCAAUCUUUGAAGCUUACACAUCGGAAGAUGGAAAGCACAUUGAUUAUAGAAGCAUCCAUGGGAGUGAGGAAUUUGCCAGGUAUCUGAGAAUAGUGGAGGAGCUUCAAAGGGUAGAUUUACAUGACAUGCAAAGAGAGGAGAAGCUUGCUUUCUUUAUAAAUCUCUACAAUACGAUGGCCAUUCAUGCAAUCUUGGUGUGGGGUCAUCCUGAUGGAGCACUGGAGCGAAGGAAAUUGCUGGGAGACUUCAAGUAUGUUAUUGGUGGGUUGACCUAUUCACUUUCAGCUAUAGAAAAUGGCAUAUUAAGGAGCAAUCAACGACCACCAUACAAUCUUAUUAAGCCAUUUGGGGUGCAUGACAAACGUUUAAAGGUUGCUCUUCCUUACCCAGAGCCUCUUAUUCACUUUGCACUGGUUUGUGGACAUCGAUCUGGACCUGCUCUUCAGUGCUACGCACCUGGGAACAUUGAUAAAGAGUUGAUGGAGGCAGCCCGUAAUUUCUUAAGAAGUGGAGGACUCAUUGUUGAUCUGAAUGAGAAAGUUGCAUCAGCCACUAAGAUACUCAAAUGGUACAGUGUAGAUUUUGGCAAGAACGAGGUGGAGGUAAUGAGGCAUGCAGCAAAUUAUCUAGAGCCAGCUGACUCUGAAGGGUUGCUGGAGUUACUUGCGACGACUCAGUUGAAGGUGGUAUAUCAGCCUUAUGAUUGGGGUUUGAACUACUAGGUAACAUAUGAUUACUAUUAGUUUUUAACCACAUACAGUUUUAUACAUGUACCUUUGUUUUACAAAAAGCCACAUGAGCAAGUAGUCAAGUACUGGUAGUGUGGCUUUAUACAUUUACCUUUGAUUUAGAGACUGUCACAUAUCAUCUCUGAUGAACUGGUUUGAUACCAAAGAAAAUAUCUUUUUUUUUUUUUUUUUCACUAAUCAUAAUCAUUUCUGCUGUUCAUUUCCUACGAUAUUCAUAUACUCAUUUAAUUUUAUAUUUUGUUUUUUCAA